GUUUCGGUUAAACUGUCUUCCGAUAAGGUCGCGUAUGUAUGUAAAUACGAAUUACGCUAUCGUUGCGAGAGGGCACUUUUGUUUGGCCAGGCUUCGACUCUAGAAUAACGCGUUCUGUAAUCCUCAACAUUCGUUAUUGAACGACGAGCGUGACUUGUAUUUGAUUUACGGAACUCUGUGCCCGCGGCAGGGACGAGCUUCAGCCUUCGUCUUGUAGUUCUCGGUUUUUCUUAAACGACUCACAACAUGACAACGUGUCUCAACUUCUAAGGACCCGGUUUUUGUUCAUAACUGAAUUGUAUUUUCGCCGCGCAAAGUCCAGACAAAGACGCUCCAUAUGAUAGCCUUUGGUGCGGUCCGAAUGGACACCCAGGUCGGCGACGCGGGAGCUGGAGGUAUUUUGGCGAUUCAAUCGCCCAGAGUAUCCGAAAUCCCGGAGGCCCCAGAGCCAACGGGACUCAGUCCUCUUGCUUCUUCUCUCGACCAUAAUCUUACUCUACAAGAGGAUUAUCUACCAUCCGCCAGCAAGAACAUGGGCAUAGAAAACACGUGGACGGAAGCUAAUGGCAUCACUAGUGAUUGUGUCAUUCCGAUGCCACCGCCACCGGGACUGGAGGAUUUUGUCGACGUUGGCGCUGACCCCAUCGGGGAUUCCAUGAUUGGCGUCGAGCAUGGCCCUUUUCUUCCACCUGGUGGGCCAACGCUCAACAAUCUCUUUACUGAGGCUGACGAUGAUCAGAAUGACUCUGCAAUUGAAGUAACAACGCCACCAGGCGUGUGUGGCCUUCGGAAUCUGGGUAACACCUGUUUUAUGGCUGCCGGACUGCAGUGUUUAACAGCUACUCCCCCAGUGCUGCGUCAUUUCCUUGACUCAGAGUUGAGCUGUGAUAAGUCUAUGGUGCAUCCACGAUCGUUGAUGGCUCACUUUGGAGCGCUUUUGGGAAAGAUGUGGUCCGGCAGGUACAGUGUCAUCAGGCCAGCAGAAUUUAAACAGACUCUUGGUACUUAUCACCCGCAAUUUAAGGACUACAGACAGCAUGACUGUCAGGAGUUUCUAGCUCUCCUAUUAGACUCUUUGCACGAGCAAAUGAACACUGCGAAGUUGACAAAAAAUCAUCAAAUAUCUGCUACUGCUACUACUCCUGAAUUAAAUGGCUCAGAUGAGCCUCUGCGAAAUUUGGCUCCUCCCGACACGACUCUCACUACCUCUGUCAGUGAUGCUAACUCCGUUGCUGCCGAACCUCGUGAAAUAUAUGACAACCUCCCUUCUCCUGAGUGUCCAAACAGCCCGAAUGUCACGAUGGCUGGCUCACCAAGAGAUUCAGAUUCACCGAUGGCUGAGACCGACAGUGCAGCAAAUUCGCCCAGAGGAUCAUUAUUAAAUGAUGAUGAGGAGACAUUGGAUUCAGAUGAAAUACUAGAAACGAAGUCUAGUUUUAUUCAUAAUAAAAUGCAAGAGGAUCCGGAUACGGAUACGGCAAUGACCGGAAAUGAUUUCCGACUAGACAAAUUAGACAAUGUAUUGACGAGCAACAAUGUCAGCUGCUAUCAUGGUUUAUACGAUAUUUUGAAGGACGCUAAGACUAGCAAUGCGAACUUCUUGGUCACAACACAAGAGAGCAACAACGAGAUUCAUUAUGACUCGCAGAAGUUUCCUAAAGAAAACAUCCGUAGAAAUGCUUUGGAGAAUUCAAAUUUAACCGAGAAUCAUGACUUUGACAAUAAAAGUGUCAGUAUCAAACGAAUAAAAGAAGUAAACGUCCAAGCUGGUAAUCGCAGUAUUGACUGUCUAUCUAGUGGAUCUGAUGCCGAGUGUGAUAGUGGUCUUGAAAAGUGUAAUGUCAAGAGAAUGAGGCUAGAUGAUCAGGAGAAGAAUCAUCGGAAAGAUGGACUAGGGGGUAGCGAGUCACAGUGUUCUAGAGUGCUACUUAACUGUGAGAAUGGAGCGAUUGCUACUCAAGGAGAGACAGAGGCUGAGGCCGAUAGACACUGGGCAAAACAUCUAAGAGAGAAUAGAAGUGUGAUUGUAGAUACGUUCCAAGGGCAAUUUAAGAGCACGGUCGUUUGUGCAGUCUGCAAACACAUCUCUGUCACCUAUGAGCCCUUCAUGUACCUUUCGGUGCCUCUUCCUCGAGCCAUGGAGAGGCAGCUGGCUGUGACGUACAUCCCAGCUAUCGGAGGUGCGCCCACACGAUGUGUUGUUUCACUGAACAAGCAGUCGAGAAUCGGCAAACUGAAAGAAGAAUUGCUGCGGACCCUGGGAAAGACGGAUGUUGCCACUACUAAUGUUGCAUUAGCAGAGGUCUUAGAAAAUCACAUAGCUAGGAUAUUGGAUGACAACUCUCUAUUAAAAUACGUAAAUGACACUAACCGGUCGAUAUAUGCGUUCGAAUUAUCUGAUCCUCCGAGCGCAUAUACAUCAGUGUCUGAUGGUGGUGGAGAUUGCGUGACCGAAACCGAACCGUGUCACGCAGGAAAUGGUGUAAGUGAAGAAAUCGGGCCGUGUACAAUAUGCUUGGAAGAACUUGAUGGGGAUCUAAAGAAGCAUGGUGGAAGUGGCUGUAAUUUUAUCAUGUGUGAUCUCUGCAUCGAGAACUACUUCAAGAACCAAACGGAUCCUCAAAUCUGCCCAGUUUGUGCAACGUUCGUGACGGCCUCCUCUUUUACUAAGAUUGAUCAAACUGGUCGCCCGAGGCCGGCUAUUCGUAACCUUAACGUUCCACUGGUCCUAAGGCGCGACAGUAACAAGGGAACCAACAAUCGGAAAGGCACCAAGCUCUACGGUUAUCCACACUUAGUUAAAUUACCUUCCAGGGUUAAUGCUAAGGAUUUGUACGACGUUGUCAAGAAGAUUGUGCCGCAAGAGGCACCCUACAGCGUACAUUUUGUUGACGGACAGGGUCACCAUUGUUCCCGUUGCAUGUACAAUGCGCAUUGUACGGGCUGUCGAGUGCCGGAUUCGGGAAUGGUAGCGUUGCAAAAUGGGGAUACACUUGCGGUACGAUACACAGAUACAGUGCCCAACAUCAUACAACCUGUCGAUCACAUCAGUGUCAGUAAACAGAGACCUCAUCGUCCUCUGUCCUUGUACGACUGCCUGCAAGCUUUUAGUCAAAGUGAGACAUUGGAUGAGCACAAUCCUUGGUUCUGUCCGAAAUGUGAGCACAAUCAGUGUGCCACAAAGACAUUAACCGUCCACCGAUACCCAAAGUUCCUGAUAGUGUACCUGAAACGCUUCGUGUUCUAUGAAUGUGUCAGCAUGAAGCUUGAUGAUAAGGUCACCUUCCCUCUAGUUGGUCUUGGCAUCGGAAGGCACCUCUAUGAUCUCUAUGCCUGCGUCUGUCACUUUGGAGGCGUAUCAGCUGGACAUUACACGGCGUAUGCUCGCAACCCUAGAACGGACACGUGGCAUUAUUACAACGACGAAGUAACGACGCGACAGAAGCCACAGGAGGAAGAUUUCAGCAACGCCUAUAUAUUGUUUUACAGUCGUCAAGGUACGAACGCUAAACCUUGUAACAUUUAACCACAGAGACGAUAAUUCGCGGUUUUCUUCAGUCCACUUAUAACGCCGCGGUGAGAUGUAAGCGAUUUCUUCUUCUAUUCAACGGCACGGCGGUACAUGUGUUUUUCAAGUAAACAUAUUUUAAGAUCAUCGUCGAAGUGUUGUUAGGUGUCGUACCAGCUGUAGUAUUACCCAACGAAUAUAUUAUAAUAGAAAUAUCGUUGAUUUAUCAUGAUGACGGCAUUAUUUCAGUAUCGCUAGGUACGUUUAUAUUGUAGUUCAAUUGAUAUUUCGCCUUCAAACUUCAGCACAUGAAAGACAGAGAGAAAACAAAUUAUGCUAUAAAUUAUAAUGGAUCACUGUUUUGUCACGAAAUCGUUCUAAUACCUGUUAUCCUUGAAAAUAAUAAACGAAACCGAAAUAAUCAAGGGGCGAGUGAUCUUGAUGGCAAAAACUACGUAACCACGGUGUAAGAUGCAUUUUGUUUUGUUGCUUUCGAAAUUGGAUCUACAAUAGUGGUGGUGGAUUAAGAAUAGGACGAGGAAGAAAAACGUAUUCUGCGUGGAAAUAAACACCAGUUUCGAUACCGUGGCAUAAAAGACACACGAACGUAAUUCUCAUGAAGUAUGUGAAAUUAUAUUAUAAAUACUAUAUUAAAUUUGUAUUAUAAUUGAAUAUAUAGACGCUUUAUUCGAUUAAACCUCGGAUUAAACUUAGAUAAACGUAAUUUAUUAGGAAAAUUUCUGUAAAGUUCGAUUGCCUAUUCGAGAAGCGUAUAUGAUCGGGACUUGAUAAAAACCGUCACAACCAGCUUUCACAGUAAAGUGCACUGAAAUAAAGUAGGGGAGGGGUGCAAUGAAUAAAUAAAUAAAUAACUCAUUUUUGUUAAA